AUGAAUGAUAAUUUCAACUCGUUUAAUACUAUGGACAAUAUGUUUGAUACAUUUUUAUCGGACAUGAUCGAUUUCCCACCGGAUCCAUUUGAACAGUUUGAUGAUUUUAUGCAAUUAACUGAUCUAUCCGAAAUUUCAUGUGAUCUCGCAUGUCUUUCAAACAUGGACGAUCUUCAAAAAGUUGAAGAAGAACAACAAACACAACAACAGACUGCCUGUUGUGUUUGUGGCGAUAAAGCCACUGGGUUUAAUUUCGGUCAAAUAACGUGUGAAAGUUGUAAAGCGUUCUUCAGACGAAACGCACUUCGAUACAAUCCCUAUUUAAAAUGUCGCUUUAGCGGCUCAUGUAAAAUAGAUAUAUUCACUCGAAGACAUUGCACAUAUUGUCGAUUGAAGAAAUGUUUUCAAAUGAAAAUGAACAAAGAAUAUAUUCGAACGAAAAACGAAAAUGAAUUAAGAAAAUUAGAAAUUAAAGAGAGUAAACGACUGAAAGAAGUACAAGGGGUUUUAAAAUCAAAAAUGAUUUGCACGUUAAAUAUUCUCAAUAACGAUGUAUCCCUGCUUAGUCAAGGUGAUCGUUGUCGAAUAAACAAUAUUAUUGUUUGUUAUGAACAAGAGACAAAACCCGACGCUUUAGACUCUUAUUCCGUUUUAAACUCUUCAACAACAUUAACAAAAUUAGUCAAUAUCGAAUGUUCCAUUUAUAUGGCUCUUUGCUCUUUUUUUAAAAAUAUACCAGAAUUUCAUGAACUAGAUAUCGAUGAUCAAAUGAAAUUAAUUAAAUGUAAUAUACGAACACUCAUGCCACUAAACUUCUUGUUACUUAGCUCUUUCAAUGUACAAUCAGCUCCAGAGAACAUUAUGUUAACAGUACAUGGCGAUGAAUUUCAUAGGAAAAUGACCAAUUUUAACACAAAAUGUAGUAUAUUUGUUCACAAUUCAACAACAAUUAAACUGCUACUGAUUAUAUUAAUACUUAGUACAAGUUUACUUACAACAGAUAAUAUGAAAUCAAUUCCAACGAAUAAUGAAAAUAGCUUACAGUUUUAUAAAGCUCAAACUUUUUAUACAGAAUUAUUAUGGAAAUAUACAUUACACACCUAUGGUGAAUACGAGGCAGUUGUGAUUUUUAAUUUAAUUAUUUCACAGUGUUUAAAUCUUCAAAAACUUACUGUUCAAAGAGAUCAACAUCUGAGAACAAAAACCGAUUUCAAUGAAAUAGAACCAUUAAUGCAGUCGAUUUUAAGCAUAACAUAUUAA